CUUAGUGUGCUUUGUGUUGUCGUCGCGGUCAGUUGCUGACAAGUGCGUACUGGGCGGAAAUACUGAAGCACCACUUCAUUUAAGUACAUUAUAAUUAUAUUUUCCUUAUCGGCUUACACAUACACACACAUUGGCGUAUUGCGCUGUACUAUAAAAGCAAGAACAUCGCAUUGGAAACAAAUUAGUUAGCGGUAGCUAAUUUAAUUGCAAUGUUGCACAAAUUCGGCGGUUGGCUUGCACUAAUUUAUCUAAGCAGCUUUGUUGUGCAUCAUGUCGAGCUCAGGAAUAUUAGAAGAGAGCCAGAAUCGGAUGCGCGACCACAGUGCGGCUAUACGAGCUGCCAUCCAACGAAACCAAAUAUGCUAAAUGUGCAUCUUAUUGCACACACCCACGAUGACGUUGGAUGGCUGAAAACUGUGGAUCAGUACUAUUAUGGAAGUGAAACACGGAUUCAAAAGGCCGGAGUGCAGUACAUUAUUGAUUCCGUGGUGGAAUCCCUGCUGAGAGAUCCAGAGAAACGCUUUAUAUAUGUUGAGUCGGCUUUUUUCUUUAAGUGGUGGAAGGAGCAGACGAAAGAGCAGCAAGACAAAGUGAAAAUGCUAGUGAACGAGGGAAGGCUGGAGUUCAUAGGUGGAGCAUGGAGCAUGAAUGAUGAGGCAACCACUCACUAUCAAAGUGUAAUCGAUCAGUUCGCUUGGGGAUUAAGACUAUUAAAUGACACGUUUGGUGAAUGUGGACGACCACGCAUUGGCUGGCAAAUUGAUCCCUUUGGACAUUCCCGUGAAAUGGCUUCGAUCUUUGCACAAAUGGGUUUUGAUGGCAUGUUCUUCGGCCGACUGGACUACCAGGAUAAGGACGAGCGUUUGAUGACACAAAAGGCCGAAAUGAUUUGGCAUGGCUCCGAAAACUUGGACGACAAAGCGGAUCUCUUCACUGGAGCCUUGUACAAUAAUUAUCAAGCUCCGGAUGGCUUCUGCUUCGACAUUCUUUGCGCGGAUCAGCCCAUCAUAGAUGGCAAGCACAGUCCAGAUAACAAUGUGAAGGAACGCAUCGAUGCGUUCUUUGAGUUUGUCACUAAGAUGGCCAAAGGUUAUCGCACGCCCAACUUGCUUAUAACAAUGGGCGAGGAUUUCCACUACCAGAAUGCUGAUAUGUGGUAUAAAAAUCUGGAUAAACUUAUUAAAUAUGCCAAUGAGCGUCAAGCAAAUGGAUCGAAUAUAAACUUGCUGUACUCCACGCCUUCAUGCUAUCUAAAAUCUCUGCAUGAUGCUGGCAUCUCAUGGCCGACGAAGAGCGAUGAUUUCUUUCCCUAUGCAUCCGAUCCACAUGCCUACUGGACAGGCUACUUCACCUCGCGACCGACUCUGAAGCGUUUCGAGCGUGAUGGCAAUCAUUUCUUGCAGGUUUGCAAGCAGCUUAGCGCCUUGGCUCCAAAGCGUUCAGCAGAGUUUGAUCCGCAUUUGAAUUUCUUACGCGAGACCAUGGGCAUAAUGCAGCACCAUGAUGCAGUCACUGGAACGGAGAAACAAAAGGUUGCUUUAGACUAUGCGAAGCGCAUGAGUGUCGCUCUGCGUGCCUGCUCCACAAAUAUUAGAUCGGUGUUGAAUCAGUUGUCUAUUGCAUCAGAUCGAAACAGUCAAGAGCCAUCUAAAUUUGAAUUCAAAACUUGUACUUUACUCAACAUAAGCAGUUGUGCCACAUCCGAGUUAAACAAAAGAUUUGCACUGACGCUGUACAAUCCGCUGGCUCAUUCGGUCAAUGAGUAUGUGAGAGUGCCUGUUAAGGAUUACAAUUAUGUUGUAAUCGAUCCGACAGGUAAAGUCCUGCCAGUUCAAGCGGUGCCUGUGCCCAAAGCUGUGUCCAACAUGAAGCAUAGAAACUCGAGCGCCCAGUAUGAGCUUGUUUUCUUGGCGUCCAGCCUGCCACCCGUGGGAUAUAAGACCUAUUAUAUUGAAAAAUCCGAGACCAUUCCUGCCAUUGGCAAACCCUCACCAUCGCCAAAGAAAACAUCUAGUUAUACUGUUAUUGGAAACAAUAAUAUUCAACUAACAUUCGAUACCAACGGAUUCCUCGCUGAAGUCACAGCCGAUGGAAUGACGCGCAUGAUUUCGCAAGAGUUUUUAUACUAUGAAGCUGCAACUGGAAACAAUGCCGAGUUCUUGAAUCGUUCCUCGGGUGCCUAUAUAUUCCGGCCUGACAACAAUCAAAUACGCUUCGCCACAGAUGAAGUCACUAUAGAGGUCUACAAGGGUCAACUAGUACAGGAGGUGCAUCAGAAAUUCAACGAUUGGAUAAGCCAAGUGGUUCGCGUCUAUAAACAGAGCAAUCAUGCUGAGUUCGAAUGGUUAGUGGGUCCCAUUCCGAUAAAGGACAACAUCGGCAAGGAAGUAAUAUCGCGCUUUAAGUCCGACAUUAAGUCGGAUGGCAUAUUCUUUACUGAUUCGAAUGGUCGCGAAAUGUUGAAACGUAAGCGCAAUCAUCGUGAAACGUGGAAUGUAAAAAUACACGAAUCUGUUGCCGGCAACUACUAUCCAGUGACAACGAAAAUCGCUUUGGAGGAUACAACUGCUCGCAUGGCUAUUUUGACUGACAGAGCUCAGGGUGGUAGUUCUUUGGAGGAUGGUGUUUUGGAACUGAUGGUACAUCGACGCUUAUUGCACGAUGAUGCAUUUGGAGUAGGCGAGGCCCUCAACGAAACCGAAUACGGCGAGGGAUUGAUUGCACGAGGCAAACAUCAUUUGUUUGUGGGUCAAUCCUUACAACGUCCCGAUGUCUCCCUAAAGGCAAUCGAACGUCUGGUGCAGUUGGAGACAUUGUUACCCUCGUGGAAAUUUUUCAGCAAUGUGUCUUAUAGUUCAGAUCAAUGGCUGACCUCAUUUACAAACACAUACCAUGGCAUAUCAGUGGUCCUACCGAAAUUUGUGAAUUUACUUAGCUUAGAACCUUGGCACGAGAACGAAUUACUCGUCCGUUUUGAGCACAUACUGGAGAAAAAAGAUGAUGUGCGCUAUUCGCAAUACGUGCAAUUUAAUAUUAAAGACGUACUGAGUGCAUUUAAUGUUGAAAAUAUUCGAGAGACAACUCUGGAUGGAAAUGCAUGGUUGGAUGAACAUCGACGCAUGGAGUUUGUGCCCGAUCCCGAGGAUGAGGCGUACAACAAUUAUGGCACAUUUACAAAAUCGUCAAAGGUUGUUCACUUGCUAUCAGCCUCGAAACCAAUGCUAGAAGUUAAGUAUUCAAAGGAAACUCUCGAAGCCGGUCAGCUAGGCGCUGAAAGCAAUCGAAUAAAGCGCAGUGCCAACUCAAGACAUUUCACAUUACAUAGAAAACCUCAGCAAGAGGUCAGCGCAGAAAACUUGAAAAUAUCUAUGCAAUCAUCUGAACGUGAAAAGUAUCUUAUCGAACUUAGCCCAAUGGAGAUACGCACUUUUGUUGUGUAUUUGGCAAAAUAGAAAUAUAUAAAAUGAUCUAAAGAUCAAAACAUUAUAAAUGAAUAAAUAAAGAUCAUAUA